GUAAAAAAAAUGAAUUGAGAAUUGCCUGUGAUUAUAAUAUCAAUUAAUAUUGUCACUGUACUUUAAUCAGGUCGUAUAAUUUAUUUGUUUUUAUUUAUGUUAUAAAACAAUAACAAUGAUAUGGAAAUUUUUAAAUUAUCUUUAUGAAUUUUUGUUGAUUGUCAGAGUAUUUUUAGAUAGCGAGAUUUAAUCCAGUUUUGUUUAUAUUCUUAACAAAUUCCGUGAAAAUUGUUUUCCUCGGGGUUUUUCCGGUCUUUUUCCUCAUGAACUUCGCAGUCAGCUGAUGCCACUGAUUUCUGGAAAUCAAACACGUGAGGAGAGUUCUAUAACCUUUAAAUUUGACACCUGCACUAAUUUUCAAAAGCCGAUUACAAAAUCAUGAAAAGAAUAAUAUAUUAAUCUAUAAAAAUUCAAGUCUAUUGAUUGAUUGAUUGACUAUUGAUGUUGAGUUUAUGUUGAGAUUAUCCUGGAGCACAUGAAAAUGGCAAAUGCAGACACCACAAAAAUGGAAGCAAUUGGAAAAGUUCUGAAUGACGACAAGAGACCGUUGAAGGAGAGAUUCCGCGCUUUAUUUACAUUAAAAAAUAUUGGAGGAGAGGAGGCGAUUGAUUGGAUAAAAAAAUCAUUCGAGGAUCCUUCAGCAUUGUUAAAACACGAGUUGGCAUAUUGUUUAGGACAAAUGCAAGACUCCAGAGCAAUUCCAGUAUUGAUUGAUGUAUUAAAAGACAUCAAUCAGGAGCCAAUGGUUCGACAUGAAGCGGGAGAAGCUCUCGGAGCUAUUGGAGACGAUGAAGUGAUCCCAAUCCUUGAAGAAUAUAGCAAAGACCCAGUGAUCGAGGUCGCAGAGACGUGCCAACUAGCCCUGAAGAGGAUAAACUGGUUGAAGGAAAGUAAAAAUCAUCCAGAGAAUUUAUCAGAGAAUCCUUAUUCCUCGGUGGAUCCAGCACCGCCUUGUAAAAUCAGAGACGUUGAAAAAUUGAAGGAGAUUUUAUUAAACGAGAAUGCCUCCCUUUUUGAAAGGUACAGAGCGAUGUUCUCUCUCAGGAACUUGAGAACAGCAGAGAGUGUCUUAGCCCUCGGAGAAGGUCUUCGAGCAGGAAGUGCCUUAUUCAGACACGAAGUCGCCUUCGUCCUGGGACAACUCCAGGAGGAGAUCUCCGUUCCUUUUCUUCAAGCAUCCCUGGAGGACCCAGAGGAAAACGAAAUGGUCAGGCACGAGUGCGCUGAGGCUCUUGGCGCCAUUGCUCAUCCAACCUGCGAAAAAAUCCUCAAUAAAUACGUGGAGGACUCCAAACGAGUCGUCAGGGAGAGCUGCAUCAUCGCCCUGGACAUGUGCGAGUACGAAAACAGUCCAGAAUUCCAAUAUGCUGAUACCUUAACUAAAGUUUCAACUCACUAACACAAUAACUAUAAAAAUCCUCUAUUUUUUUAACGACAACUAAAAUAGUUGACGCAAUAAACUUAUCAGCACAUUAGAAUUGGAAUUUUCUCUCAAUUACUUUCAAUUACUUUUAAUUAGUUCUCACUUCAAGUGCGAGUGAAUGAAAUGAGUGAUUCUUCAUGGCACUGAUGCUGGGGAAAAUAAUUCACGAAGACAACAGAAGGACUUCAAUAUAAAUAUAUUUAUCUAUUUCAAAUGCAUCUGAUUAAUAAUCACAUAAUUAACAAAUUAUUUUCCUGGAAAUACAGGAUAGACUUUUAUCCUUGGGGGUUCGACAGACUGUUUAUAGUUGGAGCUCGUCCUUCUGUUCGGUCUACGACGAACACCACCGGAAUUAUAUUUGUAAGGUUGAUAAAUCCUCUUGGAGUUGACAUCACCCAAAUCCCGACGGGAUAUUCUAGCCAGCACGACAUUCGGAUCCAA